AUGGACAUCAAGGUUAACAUCGAUGGAGUACUCAGAGAAGUGUGUGGGAUUAAUGAAGGAACAACAUGUGAAGAAGUGAUUUUUAAGCUUGCACAGAUUGCCAGUUUGCCUGGAUUCUAUACUCUGGUUGCCAGCUGCAGAGAUAAAGAAAUUACACUAUCUCCAGAGGAGAAAAUUAUAAAUUUCAUUAAAGAAACUAAAGAAAAUCCAUCUAACAUAUGUUUUAUUCUUCGUCGAUUGGAGGCUGUAUCUCCUUUCUCUCCGAAAAUCCCCAAAGCGUAUCCUCCUAUUCCCAAUCAUCAACCGACAAGUCGUCCUCAUCAGCCCUCUCGUAGUUCAUCACGACGUUCUAAUGUUCCAGUGACAUCUGAAAAUAAAGAAUUAUAUUCCUCUACUUCAUCAUCCUUACCGAUUCCAGCUCAGCAAUAUGCUAGCUCUGCAAAGCAAUCAAGAAUUUAUCGUUGUGAUCCUAGUCAUGAACUAAUUCAUUCUACCUUAGUAACCAGUGCUGCUGGUGAAGAAAAAUCAUAUCACGAUGUUGAUCAAUAUAAUCAACUUAAAGAUCAAUUGGCAUAUCAAGAACAACAAGUUGAACUCAAUCGGAUACGGUUGCUUCGAUUAGACAAGGAAAUCAAUCAUUUAGAACAGUCAGCCCGAUUUGGUGGUAAUAACAACAAUAGUAAUAAAGAUGGUUAUUCUACGUUGGAUUUAUUAAGUGGAUCGGCUGUUGGUCCUGUGGCAGAAUUGGCCCAACUAGCAGCUACACCAUGGUCACAAUUAUUAGAUACAAAUCGUGCCAGACAACGUGAAUUAUUAUCAGAAUGUGAACGGCAUAAAAUUGCUAUCGACCAAGUGGAUACUCAUUUAGCUAAAACAAAAAUGAAUUUAUCUCAACUAGAAAAUCAAAUCAGUCAAGAGUUAAAUCAAUUGCUCAAUGAAUUGGAAGGAUAUAAUCAACAUAGAAGGUUACUACUGAAAUCAGCCGGAAGUAGUAGCUCACAACCUCGUCCUAGAACAACUAUCAAUAAUCCAUCAGAGGUGGCAAGCGAUGGUGUUGCUGUAUAA